ACUUGGAGGUAUCCUCAACCAUUGUCGUACGCACAAGCGUUGGCACAAGCAGCUACAACCCAAUGUAACUCUUGUGAAAAAUGGCAUGCUAUUUGAGAAAAUGUCUUUGGGUAACGCUCGCUGCAAGCAGUAUAUUCAUUAUUUCUCAGUUUUGGCUUAUGCGCAUCUACGAGGGUUAUGAAAUACCAUUCGAAGAUAUCAAGGUUCCAGUGAUACUGUGGUGGACACCUUUCACAGGUAAUCAGGGCCGAUUGGAACACUGUGGUCAAGUCAAGUGUUAUUUCACACAGAAUCGAACCUUUGUAUCGCACAAUUUCCUCAGCAGCAUUUUAUUUUAUGGUAGUAAUAUUGAAUUUGACGAAUUACCUUUGCCACGGAGAGGUAGUAUUGACUGGGGACUACUGCACGAAGAAUCACCUAGAAAUAUUCCCAUGCUAACAUCGGAAACUGCUCUUGCUUUAUUCAAUCACUCAGCAACUUUUAGUCGGUUUAGUGAUGUGCCAUUGACUUUGGUUGAUUUAGACAGUGAAGAAGACUUGAUAGGGACAAAAUAUUUUGUACCAUUAGAGGAAAAAAGUAGAUUAAUAAGGGAGAAAGGACUCGCACCAUUGCUGUACAUUCAAUCAGAUUGUAAUACAGCAAGCAUGAGAGAUUCAUACGUUAAGGAACUCAUGGAGUAUAUUUCCAUUGAUUCUUAUGGAGCAUGUUUAAAUAAUAAAAAACUCCCAGAAAGGUUGAGACUAGACCAUGUGAGCUCCUUAAGAGACAGUGAAUUUCUUUCCUUGACAGCUCAGUACAAAUUUACGCUAGCCUUUGAAAAUGCAGUUUGUGAUGAUUACAUCACUGAAAAAUUAUGGAGACCGCUGAUGGUUGGAUCAAUACCGGUAUACUACGGCUCGCAAUCUUUCAAGGAUUGGCUACCAAAUAAAAAUUCAGCUAUAUCCGUGAGAGACUUUGCAGGGCCCAAGGAACUUGCAAAUUUCUUGCUCCUCCUGACAACAGAUGAGUCACGCUAUAGCGAGUAUAUCUCGCACAAGAUAUCUAGAAAUUUAAAUGAACGAAUAACAAAUCCUCGUCUUCGGAAUGCUCUAAGCAAUCGGGAAAAAGAUGUACCGAAUGAAUUUGGAAAUUACGUCCGGUCAUUUGAAUGUCUAGUCUGUCAAAGAUCAUUCGAUAAAUUAGAGGAACGGAAUUCUUAUAUUGUCAAUAAGGUUCACUACAAUUGCCCGCUACCUGUGAAUCCGCUGACCAAUACAGUAGAUAAAAGCAAUUUUUGGGUGGAUGAAUUCAUUAUUGGUAGAUGCAAAGCAAAAUUAUUGGCUCAACUAGUCUUGCGUAAUAUAAGCAUUGAUCGACAGAGUUUUGAUGAACAAUUGUCAACAUUUGAUCCAGAAAGAGAUUGCUGAAAUAAAAAUAUUGUUCUUAAUUACGGUAUAUUUACUUUGAAUUCUAUGUAAAAAAAACAGAAUAACCGUAUUUACUUUGCUUCGGCACUUUUCUACAGAGCUCAUCAAAAUUACACAGAUGUUGCCAGGGUACCACUUCUAUUCAGUUAAAAGUCUAGUAGAUGUGGAAAAGAUUGAAUUGAGCGAUUCAAUAUGAAAGUUUUCACAAUCAGUGGCGAAAUCGAUCGAGUGAACCUCA